UCCCGCUCGUCGCGUCCACCCCGCCCCGCGCCGCCGCGUCUCCUGGGCGCCCGGCAACUGGCUCGGAGCGGGGCUUCCCUCGCGCGGAGGAGCUGCUGGCGGGCGCCGAGCUGCGCUGCGAGUGUGGAGGAAGCCCAGCUGAGCGCCGACCCCGGGCGGCGCGGAGUGGACUCUGGUCCCGGGAAGCGCGUCGGCGCCGGAACGCGGAGCGGGAGGCACCGGAAUGCAAACAAAGCUCGCGGGCGGCCGCGUAGGGCAGCCCGGAAAGUUUGUUUAAGGAUGGCUUGAGAGCGCGGAGCGCGCGACGGCGGCUGCCGGGUGGUUGCUCCCGAGGGCUGGAGAUGCUCCCCUGAGCCCGCCGCCGGGCUCCUGCUGUGGGGACACCUGUCUCUCAUCCGAGUAGCUUUUGCCUUUUCUUUUGGAGGAGGGGCUGUCACUCAUCAUGUCGAAAGUGAUCCAGAAGAAGAACCACUGGACCGGUCGGGUUCACGAGUGCACCGUGAAGCGCGGACCCCAGGGCGAGCUGGGGGUGACGGUGCUGGGGGGCGCGGAGCACGGGGAGUUUCCGUACGUGGGGGCCUUAGCGGCCGAGCUGCCCGGCGGCUGCGAGGGCCCGAGGCUGGCGGAAGGAGAGCUGCUGCUGGAGGUGCAGGGGGUCCGGGUGUCCGGCUUGCCCCGCUAUGACGUGCUGGGGGUCAUCGACGGCUGCAAGGAGGCGGUCACCUUCAGAGCCGUCAGACAAGGAGGAAGACUCAACAAGGACCUGCGACACUUCCUCAACCAACGUUUCCAGAAAGGGUCUCCGGACCACGAGCUCCAGCAGACUAUAAGGGAUAACCUCUACCGCCAUGCUGUGCCUUGCACAACCCGAUCUCCAAGAGAAGGAGAAGUGCCUGGCGUGGAUUACAGCUUUCUGACUGUGAAGGAGUUCUUGGACCUCGAGCAGAGCGGGACUCUUUUGGAAGUUGGCACCUAUGAAGGAAACUAUUAUGGGACACCCAAACCUCCCAGCCAGCCAGUCAGUGGGAAAGUAAUCACUACGGAUGCCUUGUACAGCCUUCAGUCUGGCUCCAAGCAGUCCACACCAAAGCGAACCAAGUCCUACAAUGAUAUGCAAAAUGCUGGCAUAGUCCACGCGGAGAACGAGGAGGAGGAUGAUGUUCCUGAAAUGAACAGUAGUUUUACAGCCGAUUCUGGAGACCAGGAAGAGCACACUCUCCAAGAAGCAACGCUCCCGCCUGUGAAUAGUAGUGUCCUCGCCGCUCCCAUCACGGACCCUUCUCAGAAGUUCCCUCAGUACCUACCUCUUUCUGCAGAGGAUAAUUUAGGUCCUCUACCUGAAAACUGGGAGAUGGCCUAUACCGAAAAUGGAGAAGUCUAUUUUAUAGACCAUAACACAAAAACAACAUCAUGGUUAGACCCUCGGUGCCUAAACAAACAGCAGAAGCCUCUGGAAGAGUGCGAAGAUGAUGAAGGGGUACACACCGAGGAGCUGGACAGUGAACUAGAGCUGCCUGCUGGUUGGGAAAAGAUUGAAGACCCUGUCUAUGGUGUCUACUAUGUAGACCACAUCAACAGGAAGACACAAUAUGAGAACCCAGUUCUAGAAGCCAAACGGAAGAAACAGCUUGAACAGCAGCAGCAACAGCAGCCACAGCAGCCGCAGCAGCUGCAGCAGCAGCAACAGCAGCAACAGCCACCGCCUCCAGAAGAAUGGACAGAAGAUCACUCAUCCCUUGUGCCUCCUGUGGUUCCUUCUCACCCCCCGAGCAAUCCGGAGCCAGCCAGGGAAGCUCCACUUCAGGGCAAACCCUUUUUUACAAGAAACCCUUCUGAGUUGAAAGGCAAGUUCAUCCACACGAAGCUAAGGAAAAGCAGCCGUGGCUUUGGCUUCACGGUGGUUGGAGGGGAUGAACCUGAUGAGUUUCUGCAGAUCAAGAGCCUCGUUCUAGAUGGUCCUGCCGCACUGGAUGGCAAGAUGGAGACAGGGGAUGUAAUUGUCAGCGUGAAUGACACUUGUGUUUUGGGACAUACACAUGCUCAAGUUGUAAAAAUCUUCCAGUCCAUUCCCAUUGGUGCCAGCGUGGACCUUGAACUCUGCAGAGGUUAUCCAUUGCCUUUUGACCCAGACGACCCCAAUACAAGUUUAGUGACCUCAGUGGCCAUUUUGGACAAAGAACCAAUUAUUGUGAAUGGACAAGAGACCUACGAUUCACCAGCGAGUCACAGUAGUAAAACAGGCAAAGUUAGCAGCAUGAAGGACGCCAGGCCAAGCAGCCCUGCAGACGUGGCUUCCAACAGCUCCCAUGGGUAUCCCAAUGACACGGUCUCCUUGGCUUCCUCCAUAGCCACUCAGCCAGAGCUCAUAACUGUUCACAUAGUCAAAGGGCCGAUGGGAUUUGGUUUUACAAUCGCAGAUAGUCCUGGUGGAGGUGGCCAGAGAGUGAAACAGAUUGUUGACAGUCCCCGCUGCCGAGGCCUCAAAGAAGGGGAUCUCAUUGUGGAAGUGAAUAAGAAGAACGUGCAAGCUCUUACACACAAUCAAGUCGUGGAUAUGCUAAUUGAGUGUCCAAAAGGAAGUGAGGUCACACUGUUGGUGCAGCGAGGAGGGCUGCCAGUUCCUAAGAAGAGUCCAAAGUCGCAGCCACUGGAGAGGAAAGACAGCCAGAACAGCUCUCAGCACAGCGUGUCCAGUCACCGGAGCCUGCACACAGCAUCCCCAAGCCACAGCACACAGGUGCUCCCCGAGUAUCCACCAGCAGAGGCUCCCACUCCAGAUCAGACUGACAGCUCUGGGCAGAAAAAACCAGAUCCUUUUAAAAUCUGGGCCCAGUCCAGGAGCAUGUAUGAAAACCGACCUAUGUCACCUUCGCCUGCAUCGGGACUGAGCAAGGGUGAAAGAGACAGAGAAAUCAAUUCCACGAAUUUUGGAGAAUGUCAGAUUCCAGAUUACCAGGAACUGGACAUCUUCCUCUGGAGAAAAGAGACCGGAUUUGGAUUUAGGAUUCUGGGUGGAAAUGAGCCAGGGGAACCUAUUUAUAUCGGUCACAUCGUACCACUGGGUGCUGCUGACACAGAUGGCCGCCUGAGGUCUGGCGAUGAAUUAAUCUGUGUGGAUGGAACACCAGUAAUUGGAAAAUCACACCAGCUCGUGGUCCAGCUUAUGCAACAAGCUGCCAAGCAAGGCCAUGUCAAUCUCACAGUGCGGCGUAAAGUGGUGUUUGGUGUCCCCAAAGCAGAGAAUGAGGUGCCCUCGCCAGCAUCAUCGCAUCACAGUAGCAACCAGCCGGCCUCUUUGACUGAAGAGAAGCGCACACCCCAGGGCAGCCAGAACUCGCUGAACACGGUGAGCUCGGGCAGCGGCAGCACCAGCGGCAUUGGCAGCGGUGGCGGCGGGGGAAGUGGCGUGGUGAGCGCCGUGGUUCAGCCCUAUGACGUGGAGAUCCGGCGUGGGGAGAAUGAGGGCUUCGGCUUCGUCAUUGUGUCCUCGGUGAGCAGGCCCGAAGCAGGCACGACCUUCGCAGGCAAUGCAUGUGUGGCUAUGCCUCACAAAAUAGGUCGGAUUAUUGAGGGGAGCCCUGCUGACCGCUGUGGCAAGCUGAAAGUAGGAGACCGGAUCUUGGCGGUAAAUGGAUGUUCCAUCACCAACAAAUCCCAUUCAGACAUUGUCAACCUAAUCAAGGAAGCAGGAAACACAGUUACCCUCCGCAUCAUUCCUGGGGAUGAGUCCUCAAAUGCCACCCUGCUGACCAAUGCUGAAAAGAUUGCCACCAUCACCACCACACACGCCCCUUCUCAGCAGGGGGCCCAGGAAACAAGGAACACCACCAAACCAAAGCCAGAUUCUCAGUUUGAAUUCAAAGGCCCCCAGACUACACAGGAGCAAGAUUUUUACACUGUGGAACUGGAAAGAGGAGCCAAGGGGUUUGGCUUUAGUCUUCGAGGAGGUCGAGAGUAUAAUAUGGACCUCUAUGUUCUGCGCUUAGCAGAGGACGGUCCUGCAGAAAGGUGUGGAAAGAUGAGGAUUGGUGAUGAAAUUCUAGAGAUCAAUGGUGAGACCACCAAAAACAUGAAGCAUUCUCGGGCCAUAGAACUGAUUAAGAAUGGUGGCCGCAGAGUUCGUCUAUUUCUGAGGCGAGGAGACGGCUCAGUCCCAGAAUAUGACCCCAGUAGUGACCGGAACGGCCCCUCCACCGGUGCACAAGGUGUUCCGGAAGUGAGGUUCGGGCCAGCGGACCGCAGACCACAUCCAUCAUUGGAGUCCAGUUAUCCACUCGAUCUUCACAAAUCAUCACAACAUGGGGAAAAGCGGGCACACGUGAAGGAUCCAAAAGGCAGCAGGGAGCACAGCAGACAACCCAAUGAACACCACACCUGGAAUGGAACUUCUAGAAAACCCGACAGUGGGGCAUGCCGACCCAAGGACCGGCCACCCGAGGGACGGAGAGAUGUGCAGCCCGAGCGGAUGGCGACCAAUGGCCCCAAGAGGAGGUCCCCAGACAAGCGCAGGGAAGGCACCCGCAGCGCCGACAAUACUUUGGAAAGAAGGGAAAAGCAUGAGAAGAGAAGGGAGAGCUCCCCCGAGAGGAAGCGGGAGCGCUCACCUAACCGCAGAAGGGACAGCUCCCCCAGUCGGCGAAGGAGGUCCCUGGAAAGACUCCUGGAUCAGAGAAGGUCCCCAGAGCGCAGGCGUGGGAGCUCACCGGAGAGGCGAGCCAAGUCCACUGACCGCAGGCGGGCCAGGUCGCCCGAGCGCAGGCGAGAGCGGUCGCUGGACAAGAGGAACCGAGAAGACAAAGUUGGCCACCGAGAAAGGGAGGAGGCCAAUGUGAAGCUGGAAGUCGGAAGAAGUUCCAAAAACCCCCCGGAGCAGAGAAGGCGACCUUACAAAGAGUGUAGCACCGACCUCAGUAUCUGAGACUCAGAAUGGCAUUGCAACCUUUACCAUGUCAAAGGUUCUAAGAGGAAGGUCACAAACCUGAAAUAAUUUAGUUUCUUACCUAAUGAAGCGUCUGACACCUGAUAGUCCUAUGAAUAGCAACAGACCUUUUAUGCAUUUAAAAUCUUAUAAGAAAAAAUAUAUAUGAAAAGUCUUGUGCCUGGUGUAUAAUAUUAAAGAAAGUAUUUUUAAAUGCAUACUUUUUUGAAAAUUAUUUGCCAAAAUACUGGCCCCAAGGGAUAUAAAUUUUGUUUCUACAUAAACUGUAGAGUUGCUGAGAGAAUUGUUCCCUCUUUGGGGCAAACUUUUUCCUCUCCUAGUUAAAUGGGGCUGUUGGUCAUUUUCUCUAUGUAAAGGAAAUUAAAUUUAACUUGAUAUAAACUGUUAUUUAGUGAUGUAGUGCUGUACUGUACACAGGAGUUUUUCUUAAAAGCAGAGAGCAAAAAAGUCAACUUCUACUUGUAAAAACUGAGGACCUUUGGCGAUGGAUUAGGAUUGCCAAUAAUCCUAAAACUAAGCAAACUGUAAGAUGAGACUACUAUUGCAAAUGAAGGAUAUUUAUAACUAAACUGAGCAGCACAGAAGUUCUAUGUUCUUGAGUUAUAGUUCGUUCAAAAAACGGUUUGUACUCUCCCUGGCCCAGGAAGGCACAGAAAUAAGAAAGUUGGCUGCCCUUACCCAAAUACAGCCUUAGCACAGAUGGUCAGGUUCAUCAGCAUCUCCACCGUGGAAUAAGAUCUCACUUAAGGCAGUGCCAUUACAGCUUCGCUCAACUACUAGAAAGAACAGACAAUAAACACCUUCUGUGUUGUCUGGUCUGAUACAAAGCUGAACAGUAGAUGGAAUGUAGGACAUGGUGCCUGGAAUGAGGGAGCUGUAAAUGUCCCCAAUAUGGAAAAAUGCCCCCACAUACUACUUAGCAUAAGCCCAUGGUUGCCUUCUGCCAGAAUGGAGCAGAGGGAUGAAUUUUAGUGGAACAAACUCUCAUAAUGUUGAAACAGUGAGAAUUGGGGCUGCUUGUUCCUAGAACUGUUGAUUAUGCACUUUGAAACCAUUCUCAAAGUCUUAAGAUUGAUUGAAGGGGAAAGGAAGGAAGGAAGUGAUGAUCCCAGUGGUUCUAGAUCUGUUUGGGAAACCUCUACCCUUAUGACUCUGUCCUUUGUCCUUUGUGUUUGGGGAUAGCAGAAUAAAACUUAAUGAUUUUUCUUUUUAAGAAGACCCUUUUUAUUCCUGAACCCUCAGGAGGUGUGGUUGGGUCGGCUGUAGCCCCAAGGUGUGAUUUAAAUGGAUUACUGCCUAGCUGAGCCAAAAUGUUUGCUUGUUCCUGUUGGACCACUACAGCAAACCGCUGCUUACAGUGCAUUGUAUAUUUCUGUAGUACUGUUUUGCAUUUUCCAUACAGACACAAAACUUUGCAAGUCAAUCACUGUUGUUCCCAUGGUACUGUAUUAGGAAGAAAAAAAAAAGGAAAAAAAAAAAAAGAAAAACCAGCCAAUCAUUGUACAGAGUUUAAAAUUGUAAUUAAUAGAACCUGUUUGGAAAAAAAAAAAAAAAACAACUGUUGCCUUUCUUUCUUGUAUAAAAGAGAAUUUAUGACAAAAAUUUAGGAAUGUGAUAUGUGUUUAUUUCUGAAUAUGAGCAAAUUGAUUUUUGGGAUAUAUUUUAAUGUAAACUAAAUCAGGUAUGUAAAGUUGUUUUAAAAUGGGAGAGUAUAUAAGUAAUUCUCUAAAGGUCUAAUUGGUUGGGACUCACAUUUCCUCCACGGAGAACCUGCUUGUGAAUAACUAAGCAUUCUUUGCAUUUCCUGCCCCUCUCUUCACUUGUUUGUUUCUGGCAGUGUGCUAUACACUGAAAGCUCCUUCUGUGUUGAAAAGCAGUCUGCGGGCCAAUCUUUUUAUAAAACACUAUGCAUAUAUAAAUAUUACAUUGUUCAUAGCUUUAUUCGACUUAUGGGUUUAUAUAUAACAUUACAAUCAGUAGCUAUAGUUAAGUGGACAUUUAUAAAACAAGUUCUUUUCCUGGAGUAGACACAGUAUACAUUAUGUAGCUACAAGGGGGGACAGUCUGUGAUUGCUAUUUUGAUUAUCUGAGCUUUCCACGUAAAGCAUACGUUGAGCUUAGAGUAUUAAGGCUAGGAAGAGGGCAACUGAAUAGCUAUGUUUAUUUCAUCCAUUUCCUAAGAGUCAGCUUGGAACUGUUACUCUUAAGGCUCUUCUAUUAGGAUUUUUCUCGCUACCAACACAAGUUGUGAUGUUAGUGGCUGAUACAAUCAUAAUCGAAGGGUUUUAAAACAAGUGAAAUCAAGGUAGAUUUUUGGAGUGCUUCCUGAACUUAAUGUCUUGAUGCCUUUCUUGUUGUAAGAAGUGAUAUUUGGCAUUUUACAAUCAGUGCUACCCACCAGAGCCAGCCAGUCUCAGGACUUCUGGUGUGGCAAUGUCAGCUUAAUUCCAUACAUCAGAUUUGGUUUGAAAGUAUUGUACUGUCCAGGGACUAUAUGUUAAGCAGAAAAAUAGAUCUUCUUCAAACUACUGUAACCUUACAUUGGAAACUGAUUCUUGUGAGCCUACUUUCCAUGACCCUCCACUUCAUGUAAAAGUGUUCAUGAAAGAUGGUAGGUGAAUAUUUCCUAUGAUUAAAUCAAACCCUCCAUUACACAACUGAUGCCUGAAGGAAUGUUUGGGGGGAUGGGUCUCAAUAGCCUACUAGUAUUUUUUAAGUUUCUUUUGUGAAAGAUUUUUUAAUGCAUUUUUACUGUAAAAAUACAUGGAAAUGUAUGCGUUCCAUAACCAG